AUGAGGAUGAAGAGGAUUCCACCUAUAGCCCCUGCGAUAGCAGCUACGGGUGUGUGUGUUUUGGAUUUCGGUGCUGCUGUUGGUGUUGGUGUUGGUGAUAGUGUUGACGUGAGGGUUGCUGAGGAUAUGUGUGUCGAUGUGCGUGUUGAUGUGCGUGUUGAUGUGUGUGUUGAUGUGGAGGUUGGCGCCCGUGUGGAUGUUGUAGUGCGGGGUGCGUUCUCUGGUGUUGGUGUAGAGAUAGUGGGUAAAGAAAUGGUCAAGUCGGACAUGGCUGCUGUAUUACUAUGGAAUGCCAUGACAGUCUCCAUGGCCCUCACCCAUUAG